AUGGAUGUGUCCUGUGAAAUCAUCAGCGGGGUGGUGAAUGAGCUUGUGCAGCAAAAUGGCGGAAAACCGCCCACACCAGCCCAGCUUGCUGAAGCCAUGGGCCUUGAAGUCCCAGAAGCAAAGGAAAUUUUGAAGGAGCUGAGAAAUGAUGGCCUUUUGCCACCUGCGGCAAAGACUUCGAAGGUGAUGAAGCGACCUGCAGCGGCUGUCAUCCCUGCUGCUGAAGCUUCGCCACCUGCUGAAGCUUCAAUGCCUGCUACUCCGGGGAAUGACCUGUCUGGCCCAAAGGCUUCGGAAAAUAGUGACACCGCCCAGGGGGCUACGGUGCGAAAGGUGCCAAAGCGUCUCCGGCCUUACGUUGCUGAAAAAGCAGUGACCCCAGAUGAGAUUGAGACACAGGAAGUGGAGGAUACAGUUGUGGAUGAGGCAGUUGUGGAGUCAACUCAGUCAAGUGGGUCAAAGCCUGAUCGGCUUGUGGCCAAAGGCGUUUCGCAGAGGCCAGGACCAACUGCAGACUUCAUGCGUUGGUACAUUUUUUUCAGUGCUUUCCUCUGUGUCUUGCUAUCUGCUUGCAGGUCGAUCGGAACUGUGCUGCGGGGCCAAAACCUUUUGCGCGGAGCCUCGAGUGUGAAUGUGGCGACCAGUGAUGAUGAGGAACCAGAUUGGGCCGAGUGGUAUCAGCAGCAGGACCGUCUACCAGAUCAGUCACCUGCUCCCACUGAAGUUCCAACACCCAGCCCUUCUCCACCACGUGCUGAUGAGCUGGCUGUUCCGGAGAUGGCUCCGCCUCCCCAGAAUGAUAGCAUGGCCCCACAUGCUACGCUGAAGGUCACGUCCACCACUCACCGGCGUGAGUUCAUGGCGCUGGGAAGGGUGGCUAAUGGCCCUCGAGCUCUCGAGUUUCCCGAAGUGGCACGAAUGUUCAAUGGAACCAAGGUUGAACAGAGGGCCAAAAUUCUUGGCUGUAUGGCCCGUGGCGGGAUUGCCGACCCCGACGCCCCGAAUUGCCAAGAAUCUACGAAGUACUGGGCUACAACGACAACAGAACAUAAGAUUGUGGAUGACGAUACAUCGAGUGUUGCGAUGUCCAGCAACAUUAACCCACAGCAUGCGCUGCAAGCCUUCAACGCGCCUCUUGCCCUUGGUGUCUCUCCGACUGUAGCCGUGGCAGACCCAGCAGCUUUGGUGCGGCAGAUUGCUUCGAGGGCUCCAACUGCUGUGACUCCGCAAGCUGCACUCCCAGAGCCUGUGGCAUCCGCGCGAGCAAAGGCGAAAGGCAAAGCGAAGGCAAAGGCGGCCGCUCGGGUGCCUGGAGGAGGCCUCACCGAUGUCGCUCUGGCCGGAAAAACGGUUCCGGAGAAGUGCGCGAUGGCACGCAGGGGUGGGGAGAUCAAGAAGGAACUUUCUGCCCUGGGCUCUUUGAAGCUGGAGCUCCCUGACUUGGCCACUCGCUAUGGACGGUAUGAUGUGGCAGAUGCACGCAUGAAGCGAGCCGAGCUACAAGCGGUGAUUAAGGAGUUCAGAAAGUUGCAGAGAAGGGAGGAUGCUAGAGCUCACCGCAAAUUGGUUCGUGCUGACUUAGCUUUUGCAAAUCUCAUUACCCACCACUAUAUUCCAGUGAAGCUGGAAGAGGGUGGCAUGGAGCUGCAAGCUUGGCCUUUCAUCCUACCUGAAUCAAUGGACACGGCCUCAGUGAAGUGCUUAUUGCAGAUGGGCCACAGGAAUUUGUUGGGCCAUGCAACAGAGGAGUACUGGCAGGUUUUACAUCAACAUUUUUCCAUCGCUCGACCUGAUGACUGCACAGACUGCAUUCCAAUCAGUGUGUUUGGCGACGAAGUAGAAGUCUUUGAUGGUCUGCAAUAUGCCUGCGUCAAUUGGUCUUCAGAUGUGGCCCUGCACCAUUCCGACGCCAUGAUAUCAAAAUUCUUGUGUGUCAUGAUUCCGACAACAGCUUACUACUUCCGUGGCAAAACAAAUUUGACUCUGCAGGAAGCUAUGAAAGUGAUUGUUCGCUCCUUGAACCGCUUGUACCAUCAAGGUCCAUUGCGCUUGGUGGUUUGUGCGCUGAAAGGUGACUGGAAAUGGAUGGGGCAAAUUUUGAAUGCAAGAAAUGGCCCUUCUUCGAAUUCUAUUUGUUACAAAUGUGCUGCAACAAAGAACUUGGAUGCCCCCUUGACGGACUUAGCAGCAACUGCGGUUUGGAGGAGCUCACCAUUGCAAGGUGAUCAGGUUUGGUGGGAAGUUCCAGCUAUAGCAGAGCUCGUUGGAUUUGGUAUGCAACUUUUUUGCCCAGACAUCCUGCAUACAUACCAUCUUGGUAUUGGAAGAGAUGUUAAAGCGAGGAUGUUGAGGGCGAGUCUGGAGAUCAAGGCAUGGUGCAAGGAGCACUCGAAAUAUCGGCUGCCAAGCAGAUGGCACUUGUCAAAGACGAGGCUGAGCUUGAAACGGGGAAAGUUUGUGCACUACGUGGGAAAAGGGUGGCACGUAUCAGUCAUUCUUGGCUUUUUGCGUGACUUCAUGGAAAACCUCAACGUAGACUCGGACCUCAAGAUGCUAGUCUGGUCUGGUGAUGAGCUUAUGUCUUUCCUCCACGCUGAAAGGCAGAAUAGAGGCCUUCUUUUGACAGAGGCUGGUAUUCAUCAAGUGACAGUUCUGGGAGAUUUUCACCUGAAGAUGCUUUUGGUUGCAAGCCAGAAGCACACCGGCUUCCCCACCUACAGGUUAUUCAACAUCAGACCGAAGUUCCAUGGCAUGUCCCAUAUUUUGGACUUUGCAUCAACUGGACGCAAUCCGGUCACUCAAUCAUGCUGGAUGGAAGAGGAUUGGGUACGCAAAGUUGCGAAUCUAGCGAAGCGUACCCACGCAAGGAAAACAAAACUGAGUACCCUUCAGCGGUAUUCUGCAGGAGUGGCAUUUGAAUUUGGUAUGCGCUAG